AUGCGGGCGUCCUAUCGUCUCAUAUCCAGGCUGACAUUAGUGACGGGAGGCGGCAGUGGCAUCGGCAGGGCCGUGUGUCAGAGAUUCGCCUCUGAAGGAGCUUCUGUAGUAGUGGCUGACCGCAAUGAGGAAUCAGCCAAUCAGACACUGGAACUGCUGUCACGUGACCACACAGGUCAGGGGCACAUGGCCCUGGAGGUGGACGUGUCAUCGAAGGACAGUGUGGAGAAACUAGUGACAAGUAUACAGCGCCGCUACUUCCAGCCGCCGUCUGUGUGUGUGAAUGCAGCUGGGAUCACUCAAGAUGAAUUCCUUCUCAAGAUGGAAGAAGAUGAUUUUGAUAAAGUCAUUAAAGUCAAUCUGAAGGGAACGUUUCUCGUGACUCAGACCGUCUCGAAGGCUUUAGUUUCUGCCGGCGCUGUGAAGGGCUCCAUCAUCACAGUGGGCAGCAUAGUGGGCAAGGUUGGGAAUAUGGGGCAGGUGAAUUACUCGGCUUCUAAAGCAGGAGUGGAGGGCCUCACUCGAACCGCUGCUAAAGAGCUGAGCAAGUUUGGGAUUCGCUGCAACUGUGUCCUGCCAGGGUUCAUCACUACACCCAUGACAGAUAAAGUACCAGAGAAAGUCAUCGAUAAACUCACAGCCAUUAUUCCAAUGGGAAGGAUGGGAGAACCUGCUGAAGUAGCUGAUGCAUGUGCCUUUCUGGCUUCUGAUGACAGUCGAUAUAUUACUGGAAUCAGCCUUGAAGUUGCUGGUGGACUCUUCAUUGGCUGAAAACUGUUGAAUAACACUAAACUGAUCACCAGCUCUGUGCCUUCUUCAUGUUAAAUCAUAUAAAUUACAUUUAAUUGCGGUAAAAUAUUGUAUACAGUGUAACAAAUGAAAAUUAAAAAUCUAUAUUUAUACAAUUAAAGUGUGAAUAUUUUAUACUGAAGCCACUUUUAAAAAACAAUUAAGCUGACACCGGAGGAAAUGUGUUGAUGUGUGGUUUAAUGGGAACUUUAGGACCAAAAAAACAUGAAGUCAAGGAAUUAAAACAGUCGAUGUUUCAAACCCCAGACUAAUGGAGCAGACACAAAAAUCAUCAUUUAGAUAAAGGGAUAGAAGGAAAGCGGCCAGAUUAUAUAUCGUGGUUUCACCAAGACACGCUCUGUUCAGGUGUUUAAAUGUGAAAACGGGAGUUUGGCUCAGAAGAGUGUAGAUUCAGAUCAAAUAUUAGCAAAAGCACCAUGUGACCAUGAUAACAGGAAA